AUGACGAACGUCAGCAACACCUACCCCGCGAUCCACAGUGGUAAUGGGACAAUCAACUACAACAAUUGCUGCCCUUCCCCUGCAGGCGACCUCACCACUUAUAUCAGAAUGGCCUUAGCGAUCGCAUUCUUUCUUUGCAUGGUGCUCGCCUCAGGCUUCUUCAUGCUAUCGGGCUCCUUCAGGGACCUCGCCUCUGCCGUCCGGCACUUUCGGUCGGCUCGCUGCGACCAUGUCGAGAGCACUGCAGGGUCCGACUGUACUGAGGGCUCUGAGGAGUACCACGAGGCGCCGCCGUGCAGGGAGAUCGCUGUGCCACAGACGUUAGUGCACGAUUGUGAGCACGAAGCCUCCGGAUCACGACCGCAAUUACCGUCUCGGGGGAAGAAAGCCGGGAAGUUGUGGAGAAAGGUGCAGAAAGCGGUUCUCGCUCAAGACGGCUGGGCAAUGCGGGCCACUACGGUCGCGGUUGGGUGCUUGGUAGGGGCUGCACCGUCGAUGCAGGUCAACCUGCCUGCCCCAGCGACCGAAGGGCGACGUUCGCAAUGA